GAUCACAGAAACGGCCCUGUGUUAAAGUUCCUGGGGGAAGAGUGGAGGGACUCGGACAAACCAAAAAGCUUCAGCUCAGAGGAUACAUAUUUUUACGCCGUUUUCAACCCUGGGAGCAGUAUUGCUAAACCAGAAAAACAAGGUGCAAAAAAACAGAGAAAAACCAAGGUCUCGACUGCCUGAGAACGUCAGAAAAUAAAGAAAAUGGCGGAGCCGGACAAAUUAAACAUCGACUCUAUAAUUCAGCGUCUCCUGGAAGUUAAGGGCUCUCGGCCAGGGAAGAACGUCCAGCUGACAGAAGGCGAGAUCCGCGGCCUUUGCCUCAAAUCUCGUGAAAUCUUCCUGAGCCAGCCGAUCCUGCUCGAGUUAGAGGCUCCUCUCAAAAUCUGCGGAGAUGUCCACGGUCAGUACUAUGAUCUGCUCCGACUCUUUGAAUAUGGAGGCUUCCCCCCGGAAAGCAACUACCUGUUCCUGGGCGACUACGUGGACAGAGGGAAGCAGUCGCUGGAGACGAUCUGCCUGCUCUUAGCCUACAAGAUCAAAUACCCAGAGAACUUUUUCCUGCUCCGUGGCAACCAUGAAUGCGCGUCUAUAAACCGAAUCUAUGGCUUUUAUGAUGAGUGGGGAGAAAACGACCGCGGUGUCUCCUUCACGUUCGGGGCAGAUGUGGUGGCCAAAUUUUUGCACAAACACGACAUGGACCUAAUAUGCAGGGCACAUCAGGUGGUAGAAGAUGGAUAUGAGUUUUUUGCAAAGAGGCAACUCGUUACUUUGUUCUCGGCUCCCAACUACUGCGGAGAGUUUGACAACGCUGGUGCCAUGAUGAGUGUGGACGAGACGCUCAUGUGCUCCUUCCAGAUUUUGAAGCCAGCAGAUAAGAAAUUGUAUCCUUACGGCGGAGGAGGAGGAAUGGGAUCUGGACGACCGGUCACCCCACCACGAAACUCAGCCAAGUCCGCCAAGGCCAAGAAAUAACACCCACUUGGAUCCCCCUCCC